AUAUUUUGGGCCUAUUUCUUAGGCGCUCCGCGAAAGACUGGCUUAAUUCUUUUAUUCGGAGAUCCUACCGCGGAUUAUAAGGAUAUUACAAAGGAGGUAUACUACCUACCUUACUUACGAACGAGGAUGCUAUUUUUUAAUAUAAUAAUAUACCGAUAUAUACUAUACAUAUCGUCUAAGUCCUCCUCUGCGAGUUAA